GAGCCAGUGCAAACUGCAAGUAGAGACAUCUUAGUUUCUUCUUAAAAGCCCUAUGGAGCUUAAGCAUUGAGACGCCUUCGAAGCCAGCGACGUUAUUGUCAUUUACCACUGCCGUUUUCCCUCACCGUGACCGUCGUUGUUGCCGUCGAUAACCUUCGAAGCUACUGCUUUUGCUGUUUAGAUUGAACUGAAGGACGCAAGGACUUCUGAAUAGCUAUCUAACCCUCUUCCUCGCACCGAUCCUGUAAAUCGAGUCGAGAGAGAUUCAAGAAUUUUCCCAAUUCGAAUUGAGUAAUAAUGGAGGAGUUAAGAUCGGCUAUGGAAGAUCACAUGGAGCAAAUGGCGGAUCUCGUCCAGAAACUCUCUUCGGAACUCCGGUCUGGCCUUCGACCCGCCUACGAGAAUUUCAUGGGAUUCUUCCACGCGAUCGAUUGGACGGAGCCUUGGCUAAUGGGUUUAAUGGCAUUUCAUAUUGCUUUGCUGAUAGUGGCCAUCUUGUCAAGAAAACACAUCAACUUCCAGAUGUUCUUGUUUCUCUUAGCUUUGGGUGGUGUAUACUUCGCUGAGAGGCUGAAUAAAAUUCUGGGUGACAACUGGAAGAGUUUUGCAAGCCAGAAUUAUUUUGAUCCACAUGGAAUCUUUCUUUCAACACUCUGGUCUGGGCCUCUUCUCGUCAUUGCAAUCAUUAUUUUGAUGAACAGUCUCUUUUCCUUGUGUUACCUGAUUGUUAGAUGGAAAAGGGCUGAACUUAGACACCGUGCUAGGCUGUCUCAUAACAAACAGGAUUGAUCAGUGCUCAUUUAUGCUCUUUCAUGUCCUACACAUUUGAUAGCUACUUCUUGCCUCCUGGUGGUCCAAUUUAGAUUGUGGAUUAGUUUCAAUCUGUCGAGGUUUUUUGAAUUUUGUUUUUUUCAAUGUUGAGUUUUGAAUGGUGUAAUCAUCAUUUUUUGCAUAUUAUUGUUAUUAUCUUUGGAGUCA